UCUUCACUGCCUUUGUGGACCACCAGGGGGCCACGGACCACUGUUUGAAAACCCUUGAUUUAGGGGUCUCGGUGCCCAACAACAACAUAAAAAUGUAUGUUGUUAUGCUAUGCGUGCUUUGCAUACAAAGGGCAGUAAAUACCACACUGGCUGUAGUUUUGUGUGCUUAAGCUUUUGUAAAUAAGGCCUGCUAUGCCUCAUCAUUUCUCAUCCCAUCUGCUUUCUAUCUGACCCAGCUCCUGCUCCUCCUGUCCCCCCUGCAGAGAGAGUGUCAAAUGGACAUCUGACCUGCCUUACUGGGUUUCGUUCCGGGUCACUCCUCCCAGUGAGUCUGCGGGUCACAAUUGUAAACUGUGCAGUCCAAGGUUUGCCAGAUCUGUCCAAGUUCCUGUCUGACUGCUUCUUUGCACUUGCUGCCAUUAACAGAAGCCCAGAACUACCUCUGUGCAAGGCACUGGCAGAAGCUAUCCUGGCCCCCAAAUUGGAAUCCACUGUGAUCAGGAAAUAUCGGCAGGUUUUUCCUCACUUGCACAGUUUGACCAGAACUAACACUACUGUCAUCUGGUAUCAAUUUGGUGAGGAGGACUUGACUUGGUGGCCAGUAAUAAACUUCUAUUCCAGUGCUGCCUGUGCAGUGGCCUUCACCACAGGCAACCAUGUGGCUGACCGCAUGAGCCACCACAGGGAGAGCCGUACAUUUGACUGCCGGUCCACCCAGCAACGUCCACACUGUACAGCCAGUGUCUGGCCUUCUUUGACAGCCAGAUGUUGGACCAAGAAAUAAAGACUCCUGAGUGGUGCCAACAUCUCUUAAUAUGAGCUGAAUGUAAGAGUUACUACAGCUGAGAUGGGCUAAAAUAGCUAAAGAUUUUUAGGCAUACUCAUGAAGGGAACCAUCCCUCAGCUAGAAGAACUGGGUUCAUGGGCUCCCUGUUUACCAAGGAGAAGUAACCUCCAGUACCCACUUAAUGUCUGCCUGCUCCAGGGUUCCAGACUGCUAUGUGGAGGAAGCAAAUGAGAAGAGAUUUGUCCACAGUCAUCAAGAGGUUGCACUGGGGAGGCAGGGAUGCUGGCUUGAUGCUGUUCAGACCUUUUCCAAAGCACUGUGGGCGGGGUCCCGCGACAACUUUCCUGUUUGGUGAUUUGAUGAACGGAGGAUUUUCCAAUGUCACUAUCUUGCAGUGGGGUUGUCCUACCUCCUGACUGUGCACAACUCUCAGGGAGCGGAGUGGUUUGCGCUUUUUUUUUUCUUCAAGAAAGCCUUAUACCAUCAGUCUGAGAGCUGAGCUUAAGGGGGAGCGGAUCUGAAGGGCCCAGUGUUGCUGUGAGAGGCAUCUUCAUACUUUCACACAUGGCGCUGUAGUAUAAGCACAUUUUUGUGGACUGUAGAAGGGACCGAAUUUUGUUGAAAGUCGCCCGUUUUUUGUACAGCUGCGGGCGCUCACCAUGAAGAUGCAGAGGUGGGCCACCAGGUGGAAAACGAAAAGGUGGCUAUGGAAUUCAACGCUAACCGCACUGGUCACAUUAAUAUUAAUUCUACAAGCAGACAAUGUCAGAGCAGCUGAACCAGUGGACGUACUGAAGGUGCUAGGCUUCCAGAGCUACCCUGAAGGAGUAAAGAAAACAACGGGCUUCUGCACAGUUCGGAGAGGGUCAAGACCUGACAUUGCUUACCGAGUAGGGAAAAAAGCCCAGAUCAGUGCUCCAACCAAACAGCUCUUCCCAGGGGGAGUUUUCCCAGAAGAUUUCUCCAUCCUGUUUACCAUAAAGCCCAAGGCUGGCCUCCAGUCCUUCCUGCUGUCCGUGUACAAUGAGCAAAGCACUCAGCAGCUCGGCGUGGAGGUGGGCCGUGCCCCUGUCUUCAUGUAUGAGGACCAGCAUGGCAGACCUGCUCCCGAGGGGUACCCCUUGUUCCGCUCCAUCAAUCUUGCUGAUGGCAAAUGGCACAGGGUAGCCCUCAGUGUGGAGAAGAAGAGUGUCACCAUCAUUGUGGACUGUAAGAAAAAGGUGACCAGGCCGCUUGGCAGAAGCAACCGGGCCGUCAUCAACACAGAGGGCAUUACUGUGUUUGGCACCAGAAUCCUGGAUGAGGAUGUCUUUGAGGGUGACAUCCAGCAGCUGCUUAUAGUGGCAGACCCCAGGGCAGCCUAUGACUACUGUGAACACUACAGCCCUGACUGUGAAAGCCCCAGCCACCAGGACAUCCCCCAGGCUCAGGAAGCUGACCAGACAACGGUGGAACCUGACUACGAUGGUUAUGACUACCCCACAGAGGACAAAAUUCAGCCUGAAACCCCCACUGAUACUACAGGACCCGGCUUGACAAAUCUGGAUGAAGAAUACUACCUGGGAGAGUAUGACUACCCCACAAAGGACAGAAUUCAGCCUGAAACCCCCACUGAGACUACAGGACCAGGCUCGAGCUACGAGGGGGGAAAUAUGGAUGAUUACAUCACUGGUGUGGAACAGGUUGGGGCGGACCCCACUGUUACCGUGGAAUCUGCUGCCUCAGUGGACACCAAAGAGAAGGUGGACCCUGUCACCGACACGUAUGACUUUAUGGAAUACGACCUGAAGGAAUAUGACAACAAAGAGGUAGUAGAGAAGCCAUAUGAAUACGGUGAUUAUGGCGAUUACGACCUCACUGACACCAAGCCUACAUCUGCAACAUAUGAGGAAGAGUUCGGUGUUGGUGUUCCAGCAGAGACAGACAUCAGAGAGAGCAGUGUGGGUCAAAGUAGAAGUUACCUGGGAGAAAAAGGAGAGAAGGGUGAACCUGCUGUCAUUGAGCCAGGGAUGCUUAUAGAAGGACCCCAAGGAGCCCCCGGCCAGGCAGGUCUUCCUGGUUCCCCAGGAUUGCAGGGUCCCCCAGGUGCCCCGGGAGAUCAUGGUGAGAGGGGUCCUCCAGGGCGUCCUGGUAUUCCUGGUUCAGACGGUGUCCCCGGGCCUCCAGGUACCAUUCUGAUGCUUCCAUUCCGUGCAGGUGGCGAAGCACACAAGGGACCUGUGAUUACAGCCCAAGAAGCUCAGGCUCAGGCCAUCCUUUCUCAGGCUAGGCUUACAAUGAGAGGUCCUCCAGGGCCAGCGGGCAUGGCAGGAAGAUCUGGUCCUGUGGGAGGUCCUGGUUCUCCUGGACCUAAAGGUGACAGUGGCGACUCCGGACCACAGGGUCCCAGAGGUCUUCAGGGUCCACCUGGACCUUCGGGAAAAUCAGGAAAAAGGGGUCGUAAUGGAGCAGAUGGUGCUCGAGGAAUUCCAGGAGAGGCAGGACCCAAGGGUGACCGAGGUUUUGAUGGCCUCCCUGGUCUUCCUGGAGAAAAGGGACACAGAGGAGAAAUAGGCUCUACGGGUCCUCCAGGGCCACCAGGAGAGGAUGGGCCAAGAGGUGAAGAUGGCCAGGUUGGGCAAAGAGGUAUAGCUGGGGACAGUGGUCCUAGAGGUUUACCUGGGUCCAGAGGGUCUCCAGGUCCUCCAGGACAACAUGGGCUUUCUGGAGUUGAUGGACAAGCUGGUCCCAAAGGAAACAUGGGUCCACAAGGAGAAGCAGGGCCUCCUGGGCAGCAGGGUAUGCCUGGUCCACAUGGUCUUAUUGGUCCUCAAGGUCCAAUCGGGCCUCCUGGUGAAAAGGGUCCUCAAGGUAAACAAGGUUUGGCUGGCCUUCCUGGUGCUGACGGCCCUCCUGGCCACCCAGGGAAAGAAGGCCCCCCAGGCGAGAAAGGAGCAGCUGGUCUUCCUGGUCCUGUUGGAUCCAUCGGCUACCCUGGGCCUCGUGGUGUGAAAGGUGCUGAGGGCAUCAGAGGUCUUAAAGGUGGCAAAGGAGAAAAGGGAGAAGAUGGAUUUCCUGGCUUCAAAGGAGACAUGGGUCUCAAGGGUGACAAGGGUGAGGUUGGUAUAGCAGGACCCAGGGGAGAGGAUGGUCCUGAGGGCCCCAAGGGCAAGUCGGGGCCUGGUGGAGAAAUUGGUCCCAUUGGAUCAGCUGGAGAGAAGGGAAAACUUGGUGUCCCUGGUUUACCUGGGUACCCUGGAAGACAAGGUCCGAAGGGCUCCAAUGGCUUCCCUGGAUUCCCAGGGGCAAACGGCGAGAAGGGUGCAAGGGGAAUCGCAGGCAAAUCUGGCCCCAGGGGACAGCGUGGCCCAACGGGUCCCCGUGGUGGGCGUGGUGCAAGAGGACCAACAGGAAAACCAGGUGCAAAGGGCACCUCGGGCAAUGAUGGACCUCCUGGUCCACCAGGAGAGAGGGGACCUCAAGGACCACAGGGUCCGGUCGGUUUCCCUGGACCCAAAGGACCCAAUGGCCCAGCAGGAAAAGAUGGACUACCUGGUCAUCCUGGGCAGAGAGGAGAGACGGGCUUCCAAGGGAAGACAGGACCUCCAGGACCUGGAGGGGUGGUUGGACCACAGGGACCCACUGGAGAGACAGGACCAAGUGGAGAGCGAGGACAUCCAGGCUCUCCUGGUCCUCCUGGUGAGCAGGGUCUACCUGGAUCUGCUGGAAAAGAGGGUGGAAAGGGUGAUCCAGGUCCUCACGGUCUCACUGGCAAGGCAGGGCCUUCCGGCCUGAGGGGCUUCCAGGGGGCAAGGGGGCUUCCAGGGGCCAUGGGUCCAGCCGGCUUAAAGGGAGGAGAAGGGCCUCAGGGUCCCUCAGGCCCCAUCGGUUCUCCUGGAGAGAGAGGUGCUGCUGGCCCUGGAGGUCCCAUUGGUCUGACAGGACGCAAUGGCCCCCAAGGGCCACCUGGCCCUGCUGGAGAAAAGGGAGCUCCUGGAGAGAAAGGUCCCAUGGGCCCCGCUGGACGUGAUGGCAUUCAAGGUCCUGUUGGUCUUCCUGGUUCAGGUGGUCCUCAGGGUCCCCCCGGGGAAGAUGGCGACAAGGGAGAAGUUGGGGGACCUGGACAGAAGGGAAGCAAAGGAGACAAGGGUGAACUUGGUCCACCAGGCCCGAGUGGUCUCCAGGGUGUUGUUGGAGCUCCUGGUCCAGCUGGCAGUGAUGGCGAGGCUGGACCGAGAGGACAGCAGGGUAUGUUUGGCCAGAAAGGAGACGAAGGACCCAGAGGAUUCCCAGGUCUACCAGGGCCGCUCGGACUGCAGGGUUUGCCCGGGCCUCCUGGUGAGAAGGGAGAAAAUGGAGAUGUUGGACCAAUGGGUCCACCUGGUCCUCCUGGCCCCCGAGGUCCUCAAGGUCCCAGCGGAGCCAGCGGUGCACAAGGUCCUACCGGUGGUAUUGGUGCAAUGGGAGGUGUUGGUGAGAAGGGAGAAACCGGGGAGGCUGGCAACCCAGGAUCACCUGGAGAGCCUGGCAUCGCGGGCCCCAGAGGAGAGACUGGUGAGAAGGGAGAAACUGGCCCACCAGGAGCUGCUGGACCCGCCGGUGCCCGUGGACCCCCUGGAGAUGAUGGCCCCAAGGGUAACCCUGGCCCUGUUGGGUUCCCAGGAGACCCCGGUCCCCCUGGUGAGCCUGGUGCUGCUGGUCUUGAUGGUUUAGCAGGUGACAAAGGAGAUGAUGGCGAGGCCGGUCAACCUGGCCCUCCAGGUCCAUCUGGUGAGGCUGGAGUACCAGGGCCUCCUGGCAAAAGGGGAUCGAUUGGAGCAGCAGGCCCCGAGGGCAAACAAGGAGAAAAGGGAUCAAAGGGAGAAGCUGGAGCUGAGGGGCCUGUUGGGAAAACAGGACCUGUGGGACCCCAGGGUCCUGCUGGAAAGCCUGGGCCUGAGGGUCUGCGUGGAAUCCCUGGUCCUGUUGGUGAGCAAGGACUCCCCGGUGCUGCUGGUCAAGAUGGCCCCCCUGGACCUCUUGGCCCCCCUGGACUUCCUGGUAUGAAAGGUGACUCUGGAUCCAAGGGAGAGAAGGGUCAUCCAGGUCUAAUUGGUCUGAUUGGACCCCCUGGUGAACCAGGAGAAAAGGGAGACAGAGGUCUGCCUGGGCCUCAGGGUUCUGCAGGUUCCAAAGGAGAUUCUGGUUUUGGUGGGCCCCAGGGUCCUCUUGGACCUCCUGGUCCUCCUGGUAUUUCUGGCCCUCAAGGACAAAAGGGAUCCAAGGGAUCGACUGGUUCAGCUGGUCAGAAGGGAGAUCCUGGACUGAUUGGACCACCUGGACCGCCUGGUCCACCAGGUGACAUGAUCCAGCCGCUGCCCAUUCAGCUGCCUGGAAAGACCAGGCGGCACGCCGAGAUGCAGGGAGAUGAGGCACUGGCAGACUACGGUGGCGAGGAAAUGGAGGACGUCUUUGGAUCCCUCUACAACCUCAAACAAGACAUUGAGCGCAUGAAGUUCCCUAUGGGUACCCAGGACAAUCCUGCCAGGACCUGCAAUGACCUGCGCCUCAGCCAGCCUGACUUCCCAGAUGGUGAAUACUGGAUUGAUCCAAACCAGGGCUGCAUAGGAGACUCCUUCAAAGUGUACUGUAACUUCACAGCAGGUGGAGAAACGUGCAUCUACCCAGAUAAGAAAUCCACAGGGGUUAGAAUAUCCAACUGGCCCAAGGAGUCUCCAGGUUCAUGGUUCAGUGAGUUUAAACGUGGCAAAAUUUUGAACUAUGUUGACGUGGCAGAAAACACCAUCAACUCAGUGCAGAUGACCUUCCUGAAGCUGCUGAGCUCCUCAGCGCGGCAGAACUUCACCUACAUUUGCCAUCAGUCUGUCGCCUGGUACGAUACCAAGGCUGACAACUAUGACAAGGCGCUGCGCUUCCUGGGCUCCAACGAUGAGGAGAUGUCUUACGACAAUAAUCUGUUCAUCAAGCCGCUGAUGGACGGCUGCUCGAUGAAGCAGGGCUAUUCAAAGACAGUGCUGGAGAUCAACACACCCUGCACUGACCAGCUGCCCAUCAUUGACGUCAUGCUGAAUGACUUCGGGGACUCCAACCAGAGGUUUGGCUUCGAGGUCGGCCCCGUCUGUUUCCUCGGCUAGACACGCCCCCACUUCCCGCUGAAGGACAGGGUCAGAGGGUACAUAUUAUCACCCACAUGUUGAGAUCCGACAACCUUUACCUUCUCUCCCCGCGAAGCAAAAACCCGUGUUUUUUUUUUGUUGCCAAGAAGAUCCACUCAAGCCCGGAGAAGAAGAGUUGCCCCUGAGACCUGUCACUGAAAGCGCCGACCAGGGGAAACUACUCCUCGCCCUUGUAGGGCCAGAAUCACAUGACUUUAACUUAGUAAUGAGAGUGACAUCAGGAAAAGGACGUUUGAUGCCGUGGUAGACAGUGGCACACUUUCAGCAACAGAGAGGAUCCACUCAGCCCAACCCCCACCCACCCUUGUCCUCCCCUUCCCACCACACCUCCCUCUCUGGAUGCUCCAGGUGCUGCUCUGAACACAACCACAGAGGUGCUUUUGUGCAGAAUCACAAAACACUCAAGGUGCUACAAAAACUUCUUUUUGAUAAAACUGUAAUUAUUAUUGUUUUGUACAAUACUGUUCCUUUCCGAAUCCACUCUAAAAACUUGCAUGUGCCCCAGCUCUUCAGGUUUAAAUAAGUAUUUGGUAAACGAUAUUAAAAAUCCUAUAAAUAUAGAUUGUCUUAACAGAUUUGAUGAGAAAUAUUAUGUCUUUUGAAAGCAUCUGACAUAAUUUGACAAAACUCCAAUUUGUAAAUAACAAAACUUUCAUUAUAUGACUUUUUUGACAACAAGGAAAACUGGAACACAGUACUUAACUCAAAGCAUUCAGUAUAGUUUUUUUGUCUUGACACGCCAGUUGACAUGUCCAUUAGGAAAGUAAGCCAUAAUAAUAAGAGAUAAUAAUAUAAAUAUUCAAAGAAAGGGCUUAUUUUUCCAGACAGACUUUAUUCACCCAAAUGUUAUACCUCAAUUUCUUUUAAAAACGUAGCCAUGUUUGGCUCUGCAAUCAUGUUUAUAUCUUGAUAACACAAUUGAGUUCAAACGUUAUUUGUGGUGUCUAACGUAUGAAGAAAAAAGACUUUGUGUAGUUAAAUUUGUCCAGUUUUUUUUUUUAUUAUACAGUCACAAAAAAUUUCCUGUUGAUUUUCUUCUUUGUAACAAUGAACCAAAUGUUUUCAUGUGCCUUGAAUUGUUCAUUCAAAAAUAUUAAAACUGGAUUCUGAAAAAUGCCAGGUUGGAUGUCUGUAUUGUUGGCUAUUGGAGCGCAGAAAUGUCUGGUGCUCUUUAUGUGAUUCUGCGCUUAUAGUUAUUACCAUCCUUUGCCGUGAUAAUUUAGGAGGAGAAUUUAGUCUUUUCAAGUGUCUGGGUUCAUGUGGCUGAUUCGACCGAGCCCGGAUGCUCUGAUCCUUUCCGGUUUUUUCUCUCUGACUCAGAUUUGACUUCGAUCAAGGUCUGUUUGCAUCGCCACCUCCUUAGCUCAGAGC